GCGUUGCUAAUAGGUCUGAUCUUAAGCUUUUACUCUGAAGCCUGAAGACAGCUGUCAUGGAACAUAGACGCGGCACUGUUGGGAAUGGAGAGGUCGCUAUUGAUUUUCCAGGAGAAGGAAACUACAGCCAAAGACCUGCACCGCAUUCACCAACCCUUGGCCAUGUACACUGGAAUUCAUUUAGCAUUGAAAAUGAAACUCCUCGACAACAAAGCAACCCUGGCGUGAAUGCAAAAGUGAAGAAGACAAAACGAACUCCGAUAGAGUGGCUGAAGAAGUACUUCUUAGAAGGUCAGGCUUUAAAUGCCACUCAGACCCAGGCUCUUGAGAAGCUGGACCCGAAUGCUCCAUGGCACGAGAGGUUCAUUGUAAAACACCGCCGUUUAGUAGGCGUGGCCAUUCCUUUUAUCUUCUACCAAGUGCUUUGGUGGAGCUGUGCUAUCGAGUACAGCUUCUGGAGCUUGUUUCCAGACAGAUAUUUCAUCUCCAUAACAAUGAUUUUUGGCUCGAUGAUUGCAGGAAUGACCAGUGAAGGUGGAGGUGCUGUUGCAUUUCCCGUCAUGACCCUCGCUUUCGGCAUAGCACCAGCAAUAGCACGUGACUUCUCACUGAUGAUUCAGUCCUGCGGUAUGACAGCAGCGGCUUUCACCAUCUUCUGGAUGCGCGUGCAGCUUGAAUGGCAUUCCAUAAUAUUCUGUUCGAUUGGAGCAAUCGUCGGUAUGGCCCUUGGUCUAGAGUUUAUUGAUCCUAACCUCACACCACCCCAGAAGAAAAUUGGAUUUGUAUGCGUGUGGUUUUCCUUCGCCUUUGCCCUUUUCCUGCUAAACCUUUACCACAAGCGUAAGACAUUCAAAGUCAUCCCAGACUUCAAGCUCUGGAAGAUGAUCGUCCUUUUACUGACCGGGUUCAUAGGCGGAAUCUUCUCUGCUAUCGCCGGAAGUGGCGUGGACAUCUGCAGCUUCAGUAUCCUCACUCUUCUCUUCCGGGUCAGCGAGAAAACGGCCACACCGACUUCCGUUGUUCUUAUGGCGGGAAACACCGUUGUCGGUUUUUACUGGCGUCAAGUCAUGCAACAGGCAAUCAGUGCUGAUGCAUACUACUACCUUGCAGUUUGUGUCCCGAUUGUUGUGUUAGGCGCUCCUCUCGGCUCUGUGAUCGGAAGUCACUUCCAUCGACAAAUUCUGGCUGGCCUCAUUUACGUCUUGGAUACUGUGGCCCUCAUCAGUGCGUACGCGAUUGUACCGCUAACCAAAGCAUUGAUUGGAGCAUCCGUGGGCAUCAUGGCGUUCGGGUUUGUCUUCUUUGGUCUUAUCACUUACGCCGGACAGAAAAUUAUGGAGGGAAUCCAAGAAGAAAAAGAACAAUUGCCGCAGACGCAGGUGAAUGGCGACGCUAAAGGAAAAAGAAACUACGAACAAAAUCACAAUACUACUGAAACAACUCGAGAUCUUGAUCUAGGAAAACUAAAUGUAGGAUUUUCCUCUAAAAACGAUGUUUCAAGCCAAUUGUAAUGAUAGAAAACGGGAAAAAGGAGUAACUGAGUAACCUUUUGGAAAACUUAAACUUCUAUUUACGCAUUUUUACAUUUUUUACGUCCUAUUUUUUUAUAUAUAUAACCACUGUUUAUAUUGAUCAUGUUACGAUAUCGCAUUGAAAAGGUACAUAUUGUAUCAGAUUCGUUCUUAGUAUUAAUUAAAUUCGAAUUAUUUUAUAACAAUAACCGUAUAGACUUGUAAUGGCUGAGUGUCAAGAGUAUAUAUACUUUUUUUAGAGAAACAAUUGUGUACAUACUAAUCAAUUUCAAAUAGUUUCACAUUGCCAUAAGUCUUGUGUGAAGACAAACAAAGGCGAGAUUUUAGCGUUUUAACUGUUUGUUUACAUGCGGAAAUUUACCCUUUGUAUUUUAAACAUGACAUACUUACACUGUUAUCUAUCCUGUAUCUAUCUUCUAUUUUCUGUUGCGGUCAUUUGGACCAAAACGUUGAUAGCGUUUGCUUAUCUCAGUUUUUUGAGCUUAACUUCGUUAUUAAUAAAGUUUUCAUUUCAUUGUGA